AAUAUAUUAAAUAAACCAAAUAAUUAUCAUUGUCUGAGUCAUUGUGACAGAGCGCGAUCUGUACAAACUGUAUUUUAAUCACUUUCUCUGUAAAACUGUAUAUUUAUCAAGCCAUGGAGCACUCAAGGGACAAGAAAAGAAAAAGAUUCCGAAACACCUUAGCAGCUUUACCCUCUAUUUGAAUUUUGACCCCAAAAAAUACUUGAGAGAGUCUCUGCCACGCUCGUCAACAUAUCUGGUUGCCCGUGACCGAGGCUAAGCUUCGCUGGUCUCUGGCUUCAGUACUGGCGUAAAACAACGAGUGCCCAUCUUUCAUUGAACGGUAAGUUAGAAAUUGGUCAUGUUGAGAAGGAGGUUGUGUAGAUUAAGGGAUUGGAACGGAGGUUUUGUUCUUUGAGGUUAGAUUUACUUGCGGGAAAAGCUAAUGGUUAUAAUGGAUUAUUGAACAGAUAAUGUUAGCUAUUUGGUGCAUGCAAAACAUGGUAUUUGAAUUAUUACUUAGAGGAUUACAUUCUUUUUGAAAUGCUUAAAAUAAAUUGUCACACUGCUAAAUUUGGAUGUUUCUUUUGUUUGGUCUUGUGCUCAAAUAGGAUUUAAUAGUCUGUUUAAAUGAAGCCUUUGAUUAGGGUCAAGCCAACCAUCUCUUGCACGAAUGUGAGUAAUGGAGUGUUUGUUAUUCAAAAUACAUAUUUAUGAUAAGUGAUUACGAUUUCAAGGAGGUGGAGUGUGAAGUGAGUAAAAACGAAUUUAUUGAUUUUUUUUUUAUUAUCGUUAAAUGGCAUCUAUUAGAAGAACCUUGUCUCCGGUGCCUCGACCUGGAAUUGCAUUGUCUGGGGAAGCCUGUUCUGUUGCUUCUCCACUUUCCAGGUCGUCAACUUGUGCUCAGAGCCAUCCACCAUCCAGUGGAUUUUUUUCUUCUCUAUCCAGCUCACUGGAUUCACAAGCCUUUGUUCUUAGUGUGUUCUCUCCAAGGACUUCAAGGCCCCUUGAAAAGUCCAAACUUAAAGGACAAGUAUGGAGGAAGAUGCUUUUCCAAUUUGUUAUAUGCUUCUUGGUUGGAAUAUUCAUAGGGUUCACUCCAUUUUCCUCGAUUAAUAUUUCCACUAAUCUCAUGUCAAAGCAUCAAGCUUUCUCCUUUGAGGUGAUGUCUACAGUUGGAAAGUUUCAGUCAUAUGAUAGUGUAUCUAGAAGUGAUAUGCCAUUAGACAGUGGGGCUAUGAAGGAAAAUGAUACCUUAGAACCAGAGCCGGUGGAGUCAAAACCAAUAGAUGGUAUGUCUCCAGAUACUAUCGGUAAUGUAUCACUUGUUCAAGAAUCAGAAUUGGAGUUCAGAAAGCUUUUAAUAAUUGUGACUCCGACGCAUGCUUGGCCAUUUCAAGCCUAUCAUCUGAAUCGUUUGGCUCAAACAAUAAAGUUAAUAUCAUCCCCUUUAUUGUGGAUCGUUGUGGAAAUGGCCUCACAGUCCGUAGAAACAGCUGACAUAUUAAGGAGAACCGGGGUUACGUACAGGCAUCUUGUUUGUAACGUAAAUUUAACUGAUGUUAGAGAUAGGAGUGUUCAUCAAAGAAAUGUCGCACUGUCGCAUAUUGAAACUCACCAUCUUGAUGGAAUAGUGUACUUUGCAGAUGACAAUAAUAUAUACUCAACAGAACUUUUUGAGCAAAUGAGGCAGAUAAGGCGAUUUGGGACAUGGGUAGUGGCCAAAGCAUCAGAGAACAAAAUUAACCCAGUACUAGAAGGGCCCGUUUGUAAUGGAACUCGAGUAAUCGGAUGGCACAUGAAUGAAGCAAAAUGGAGAUUUCGGAGAUUUCAUGCUGAAAUAUCAGGGUUUGCCUUUAAUAGUACUAUACUCUGGGAUCCCAAGAGGUGGCACAGACCUAUGCUUGAACCUAUUAGACAACGUCACACAGUCAAGGAUGGUCUUCAAGUAAGCACAUUUAUUGAACAAAUUGUGGAAGAUGAGAGCCAAAUGGAAGGAUUAGAGCAAGAUUGCUCAAGAAUCAUGGUUUGGCGUCUUCAUCUUAAAUCAGCUAACUCUGUAUAUCCUCAUGAAUGGUUCAUGAAGGAAAAUCUAGAUGUCAUUGCUUCCUUUACUAGAAGUUCUUGACAUGAGAGGAGUCCACGUGAAUGACAGGGCCGGAACUAUCAAUUAAGAUUCUUAUUCAGGGAUCAUCGUCAGCUUGUAUGUGCUUACUUGUUGGUAAUCUUUAAUUUCUCUGUGCAUGUUUAGAUGAUACAGCUUGUUUCCUCCUUUCCUAAAUGGUGGUUGAAUUUUUGAAAGCAAAUAUCUCCCUUGAAAGGUGAACACAUUAUCCACUUGCCUAGUUUAUUUGUAUGUUUUUCUCUCAUUUUUUCCCCCAAGAGAAGCAAUUCUAUUCUAGUCGAUGGUCAAAUUGAAAACCAUCUUAAAGCUCAUAAAGUUGUGGAUUUUAUGUUUGCUUUCUUACCACUUUUUUUUUUUUCUUCCUUUGAUCAUACUUUACUCGUUUCCAUUUCUAAUAUUGUAAGAAAAUUUUGAUAAUGUAAUUGGUGCUCCCAGCUUUUGUUAUCUUCUCACACUUUGGCUCUAUUAUGUAUGUGUACCUCAAAAAUGUAAAAUGGGGAAUGAGCUGACAGUAGCUGUUGCCUUGGCCAUGCAAAUUGAACAUGCUUUUACGACACAAUGCAUUCUCGUGCAUUGAUUUGUUUGGCUAA